AUGCAUCACUUAAUUUGCCUUAAGUUUCCAACUCGCCAUCAUUUCAAAAGCGUAAUAUUCCAUCAGCAUAUUUCCAAAAGGAAAAUUUCCGACACGUGUGAAAGUAAAAUAAUCACACUUACCAAAAGUAAAGAGUAUGACCAUUUUAAAAUUUACAGGAGUAACAUUUACAAUGGCUUGUAUGAGAAUCAAAUUUUACAAGGAGUCAAAGUACACAGAGUCGACCCUGAGGGGUACGGAGAGAUAGCGAUAUACUCAGCAAGGCAACACUUGCUGUUUUUCUUAAAAUUCUUUUUAUUGAUUCCAGACGAGCAAGUCAAUUUAAAAGUUCUGGACAUAAAUAAGAAGAAAAAAAAAACAACCUUCCAAGUGCUCUGCAAAACGAGAAAGAGCAAAUACGAAAUUGUGCCCCGGUGUGAAUACUUUUCCAAAUGUGGGGGGUGUAUAUAUCAACAUAUCGACUACAAAUUUGAACGGAAAUUAAAAAAAAACCUCUUGACUAGUUUGUGUGAAAAGUAUAACAUAAAUGUGUUAGCUAGUGGAAAAGAUUACCUACAAAAUGAUCACUACUUCUGUGAAGAGGGGCAAGCGGAUGAGGAAGACCUGCUCGAGAUUUCCCAAAUAAAGAGGGAGUAUACGUCUACCGACUUGGAAGAAGAAGACAACGCAGGUGAAACGAAUAGCAAAAGUGGCAGUAGCACCAGUCGGGAACGCACCCCUGAUCAAGCAAGCUGCAUACCCAGUCACGAAAGAAGCGGCAAACAUGGGGACAUCCCUAAGGCUAAACGUGCGAACUUCGCAAAGAUGUACGACUUUUUAUUUUCAAACGAUUACCAUUACAGAAAUAAAUCCUCCAUCAACUUAUCCGUGACUGACAAUUUAUCAAUCGGCUUCUACAAAAAGCACAGCUACGAAAUUUGCGACGUAAACAAAUGUCACAUUCACGAUGAGCAUAUACAAAAUGUGUAUGAACAAAUUAAAAAGGAAAUAUUAGACAAUUUUAAAAAAAAUUAUAUUUACGUAUUUAACAAAAUAAAUAACAGUGGCUACCUAAAAGGUGUAGACAUCAAACUGAGCAAGAACAUCUCUGAGCAGCAGAUUUUAGUGAGCUUUAUUGGCUUUUCGCUAAAUGAAAAGGCAAAAAAAGCCCUCACAAAAAUUUCCCACAACUUAGGCUCCAAAAAUACAUCCAUUAAAGGCAUCAUAUACAACGUCGAAACGAAUAAAUUAAAACAAAACAGAAAUGAAGUCACUUUAUACGGCCAAAACUGCAUUUAUCAUUCCUUUGGGGGGUAUACCUAUAAAUUAGGAGCCAACACCUUUUUCCAGCCAAAUCAGCACUUAAACGAAUGCAUCGUUCAGAUCAUUCUUAAAUUAGUCAAGAGUUACAAAAUAAAUGCCAAACAAUCUUGCGUGUAUGACCUUUUCUGUGGGAUUGGUUUUUAUUCUCUCCCUCUUUCUGACCUAUUCAGCCAAGUUAUCUGUGUAGAUUACUCCAUAGAUAAUAUAAAAAGCUUAGAAGAAAACGUAAAAAUGAAUAACGUCAAAAACGUAAAAUGCUUCAAUUUGAAUUUGUUUAACCUGCACAGUUUGAGGCAAAUCAAUCUUCACAUCAGGAGGUACAUUGUCAAUUUGGUCAAAGAGAAAAAUUAUGACGUGUAUUACCUCUUGAAGGAGAAGCUUCAUUCCACGUACGUCUCAGCAGACAGUGAAGGGGCCCUUGUGGAGAACGUGCAAGUUCACUCCCCUUAUAGCAGCUUGCCAAGUUUCAUUUAUGCACAUUUAAACGAAUGGCCCUCCAAAGAGGCGAACGGGAAUGUCUGCAACAGUUUUUCCAAAAAUGAUCACACAUAUUAUGAUGACCAUGUUUUGCAAAAUGCACAGGAUGGAAAAUUUCCGACGGUGGAUUCGAACAAAGUAGACGAAGUUUCCCACUCAUCUAGAGAAUUUGUCAUUCCAGUCCCCGACUUGGUGAUCAUUAACCCUCCGCGGAAGGGAUGCGAAAAAGUGUUCAGAAGAUGGCUACGGGGGCUCUGCUGUCGAUACAUCAUCUACAUAUCAUGCAAUGCGAACAGCCAGUUUCGGGACAUCAACCAUUUGACCAACUUGGGCUACAUGGUCAAGGAAAUCAUUCCACUGGAUACGUUCCCACGAACUCCGCAUUUCGAGACAGUUGCUUUGUUAGAGUUCGAUUUUAAUCGAACAGUAGACAAUGAACAAAGGCAGAUAAUGGAAUUUGAACUGAACGAAAUGAAAAGCAAUAGAAAAAAAAAAAGUAAAAAAAAAAGGUAA